AUGGAGUCGAAAGGAAAUAUUGCGCCUGAGAAUCAAAAGAAUCGUGCUCGAGGCGAAAAUUGGACUCAAGAGGAAAAGGAUCUGUUUUUGGAAAUAAUGAGGGAGUCAGCGCCUAUUAUAGAGAGUAAAUUUACCGACACUAAUACAAAUAAAAGAAAGAAUCUGGAGUGGAUUAGAGUACAAAAGAGGAACUCACUGGGAAAUCCAGAGAUCACCCAGUUAAAGGGUUUCUGGAGACGAACAAAAGUGGCUGCAAAGAAAUCUGUGGCACAACAUAGAAGAGCUUUGCAAGCUACUGGUGGUGGACAAAGGCCAACAUCGCCAGGUGAUGAUCACCUAAAGAUAGUGGAACUAUGCCCAACAGAUUUUUUUAUAGAAGAAAAUCUUUAUGACAGCGAUGCGGUCCCACAACACGAUGAAAUUCUACCAGCAGAGGAACCAGCUGAACAGCAAAUGAUUACAGUGGCAAAUGUGCAUAGCGAAGAGAUUGAUAUCAAGAUGCCUGAAUGCAGCAGAAAAACACAAAUGAUGUUUCCUCCAAAGGUGGACAAGAAACAAAUUAGAGAAAAGAAAACAAAUAAGUUGGCUGGCAAGCAAGUUUUAUUAAGAAGCAAUAUAGAAUUUAAGGAACGGGCUUCAGCAAUGUUGGAAGAAAAACAUAAAUUAAAAAUAAAAUUUCAAGAACAAGAAAUAGCUCAUCAGCAGUUGCGGCAUAAACUGGAAAUUGAAAUAUUAAUAUUAGAAAGAGACAAAAAAGAAAUUGGAAUUAGAAUUGUUAAAAAAAAAACUAGAAUAUAA